CUUGACUUGCCUUUGUUUCCGCCGAAUACAUAUUCCCGUCAUCCAUCCUGUCAUCGUGUUUACAUUUACACUCGCAGGGGACGAUGUCCUUCACUGCUGCGAGCCGCGCGUUUCACGCAAAUGUUUAUUUUACUCGACUCGUCAGCCGUUGAGAUCGGGACGCCGAAAGGUCGCGAUAUCCUUAAUAAAGGAUCGUAAUCUUCGCAGAGGAUCUAAUCGUCGCAGACUUAACCUUGUAUGUCGCUGAUCAUCACGCGACAUCCCGAUCGUUGGAAACGCGCGUCUGCUUCCCCGAAAAAGAGGAUAUCGAGAUAAUCGUCAUAAUCAGUUAAAUUUGUUUAUCCAACGGAUCGACUUUAAGGUUACCCUUCUCCCGCAAAUUAAUUCCCGAUCUCGAGGAUUACGAAACGUUUACGAGAAUACCGUAGACAUGGCCGGCAAUAGCGAGCUUUGGGUGCAAUGUUUCACGUGCUGCCUGACACCACAGGCGACGAGGAACACCGGCAGACGGAACAACGGCAGGCCGCAUCAGAGGCUCAGGAUAGACCGGAGCAUGAUCGGCGUGCCCACAAACUUCCGGCACACGGCGCACAUCAGCAGCGGCGACAUUGACAUGUCGAUUGCCCAGCUGGCCGAUCUCCAGGCGCAGAUGCAGAGGAAAGGUGGCUACAACGGCGAUUUCGGCGCCAAGGCCUGCUGAGAGGUGUUACUAAUGUCACAAAUGCAGCGGGGAAUAUUUAAUACGAUAGACAGAGAGUGAGAGACAUUUAUGGCAUGCAAUUAUGGCGAAACAACGACUGAUCUUUUAAUAUCCAUGUUCCUUACUCGUCAAAUAGACGAGUGCAUUUCUUUCGUACGCACAAAAUUGCAUUUGUACUAUAAUUCGCUUAGAGGAUUAAGACAAAUCUAUAUACAUCUGACAAAUCUUUGACUUCCACAUUUUGAAUAUACAAAUGUCAGAAAAAAUUAUUCGUAUUACAGGUAAUUAUUUAUACGUUUUUAUAUCUAUAUGGAAUGUAUUUAAAAGCUUCAAAUAUUUCAUAAAUUGUGCCUUUCUCAGCGAUCUGACCCUUAAUGUAGAGAAAAUAUGUUAUUACAAGAAUGUAUAGAGAUCGUUUUUAUUUGUAAGAUUACUCGUAAAAUUUAUAAAAUACGACAUUAUUUUGUGUAACUAAUGUAUAAGUAAUCACAUAUCACAAAAUAUCACACAUACAUAAAUAUAAUUCUGCAUUUCACAUUUCUUAUUUUAUCAUCGAAUAACGUUCGCAUUUAAGAAUAUAGAAGAGUAUUUGCGAUAUUUAUAUAAAAACUGCAUCUCUUGUAGAAUAGAGACUCGUAGAAUAGACACCUCUGCCUCUGUUAAUUAACAUCACCGAUUACAUUCUCGGAAGUCUUGGGUAAUGCAACGAUUCUCUCGAUGUGUCAUGACUUUCUCGAAACACGCUCUUCGAUACAUAUUUUAAAAUGCAUGAUUUUUUAUUAGUAAAAAAAAAAAAA